AUGGGUCCCCAAGGGGCGCAAGGGGACGCCACCAACCGGACCAAGCAGACGGCUCUGGGCGACCACACGCCCCAGAGGCAGUCCCAUCCGCGUGAGCCGCGCCUCAGCCGACGUUACGGGGACGCCACCGACUGGAUCAAGCAGACGGCUCUGGGCGACCACAUGCCCCAGAGGCAGUCCCAUCCGCGAGAGCCGCGCCUCAGCCGACGUUACGGGGACGCCACCGACUGGAUCAAGCAGACGGCUCUGGGCGACCACAUGCCCCAGUGGCAGUCCCAUCCGCGUGAGCCGCGCCUCAGCCGGCGUUACGGGGACGCCACCAACCGGACCAAGCAGACGGCUCUGGGCGACCACACGCCCCAGAGGCAGUCCCGUAUGCGUAGCCGGCGAGACUCCGUACCCUCCAGUCGCCUACAGCCAAAAGAGAACACAGACAGAGGCGCCGAUGACGCCUCGGGAAAGGAACCAACCGACAAGUUAGAGCGGAAAAUCCGUCGCUCGCGGACCACGUUCACCACAUACCAGCUGCAUGCGCUGGAGAGGGCGUUUGACAGGUCCCAGUACCCGGACGUGUUCACGCGCGAGGAGCUUGCCCUUCGGCUGGACUUAACCGAAGCCAGGGUGCAGGUGGUGGGGCACGACCACGCCCAGUCAUGGGACCACCGGCGCCGGCGCAUUAGUGUGGUGUCGUGA